AUGGAUGCUAAUACGGCAAUCGGGGCCAUCGUCGCAGCUGGUGGUGUUGCCGGUUACGCUUCAAAACGCAGCGUGCCAUCGUUGGUGGCCGGUGGAGCAAGUGGUUUAGCACUCAUCGCAUGCGGGCAAACGGGGCGCUUUAGAGCUGCAGCUGCCAUAUCGGCUGUGCUGAUGAUGAUCAUGGGCGGGCGAUUUGCAAAAACAGGGAAGCCCAUGCCGGCAGGUUUGGUUGCUCUUUUGAGUGCUGCCGGGCUGUGUUUCAAUGUUUGGAAGAUGAAGCAGUAG